UAGUUUUACAAAAUAAGGUUUUUUGUUUUUUAUGUUAUAUUUAGAUUUGAAUUUAUUUGAUUGAGUAAAGAAAGAAAGGUAGUGAGCCAAGAAGAAGGAAGAGAAUUUGUUUAGCAUCAUCAUGUCGUAUGAGAUUGACCAAGAGUACAGAUCAGUAUCACUCUUGGAAGCAGAUGAUGAUGAAGAAGAAUCUGAAGAAUCAGAAAGUCUGUUUUCCAUUGAUAUUUUUCGUGAUCAUCAUCAUCAUAAGGAGGACGGUGAGAAUGAUAGAAUAUAUGUAGCAGUAGGAAAUAGUGGUAAAAGUAAGUCAAGCAUGGAUGCUCUCCUAUGGACCUUAAAGCAUGCUAUCUCUUCCUCCUCCUCCUCCAACACAAGCAUCUUUCUCAUCCACGUCUUCCCUGUGAUUCGGCAAAUUCCAUCUCCAUUAGGAAUGCUUCCAAAGAGUAAAGUGGACCCAAGGCUUGUAGAGAACUAUGUGGCCAAAGAAAAAGACAAGAGGAGGAAGCUCCUUCAGAGUUACAUUGAGGCUUGCUCAGCUGCCAAGGUUAAGGUAGAUACUGUGAUAAUUGAGAGUGACAUGGUUUCAAAGGCUUUAAUAGACUUGAUUGCUACUCUCAACAUAAGAAAGCUAGUUGUUGGAACCAGCAAGUCCAAUUUCAGGAAAUUGAAGUCUAAGAGAAUAAGUGGGGUAGCAAAGCAAAUUAUACAGAAUGCACCAGAAACCUGUGAUGUUAAGAUCAUAUGCGACGGGAAAGAAGUGAUUGAGCAUCUGAUAACUUGCUCGCCUUGUUUGCACGGCAGUAAUGCAAGUUCCUUAUUUACCCUAGAGAUAGAUCAAGAACUAGAAAGUCCAUCAACCCAAAUAACAACAAGGUCUCCUCUCAAUACUUCACCUCUAUCAGGACAAGUCUGGAGUAUGUUCAAACGGGUUCGAGUAAGACCCAUCUUGAGUUUUGGUACCAGAAAAACUCAGCCAAAUACCCCAAUUUCAUUAUAGAAAGAUAUGCUUAGUUUCUGACUUGUAAUAGAAUUUAACAUGCUUAGCUAAUGUUACGGAACAAUAAAGCUCUGUGCAUAGUAUUUCUCAUGGGUACACAUACACCAAUAUGUAUAGCCGUAUCGGUUAGUACUUUAGAAUAUACAAGCAAGAUUUUUU